AUGCUUCGCCUGACCGCCACCCGCCUUUGCCGCGCCCCGCUCGCCGCCCGCACCUUCAGCUCCGGCAGCUGGGAAUACAUCAAGACCGACGUCAACGGCAAGGUGGGCAUCAUCCAGCUCAACCGCCCCAAGGCGCUCAACGCGCUCUGCGACGGCUUGAUGCAAGAGGUCAACAAGGCCGCCCAUGCCUUCGACAAGGACGAGAACAUCUCGGCCAUCAUCCUCACGGGCAGCGACAAGGCCUUUGCUGCUGGCGCGGACAUCAAGGAGAUGGCGACGCGCGAGUUCAUCGACGUGUACAACUCGACGAUGUUUGCCAACUGGGGUGACAUCACCAAGGUGCAUAAGCCGGUCAUCGCGGCCGUCAACGGCUUCGCGCUCGGCGGCGGCUGCGAGCUCGCCAUGAUGUGCGACUUCAUCAUCGCCGGCGACAAGGCCAAGUUUGGCCAGCCCGAGAUCAAGCUCGGCACGAUCCCCGGCGUCGGCGGUACGCAGCGCCUCAUCCGCGCCAUUGGCAAGUCCAAGGCCAUGCACUUGGUGCUCACGGGCGACAUGAUUGACGCGCAGCAGGCCGAACGCGACGGCCUCGUGGCCAAGGUCGUGCCGGCGGAGAAGCUCAUGGAAGAGGCGCUCGCGAUUGCCAACAAGAUUGCGUCGCACUCGCGCCCGAUCACGCGCAUGGCCAAGGAGGCGGUCAACGCGUCGUACGAGAUGUCGCUGCAGGAAGGUCUCAAGUACGAAGGCCGCCUCUUCUACGCGACGUUUGCGACGCACGACCAGAAGGAAGGCAUGGACGCCUUUGUCAACAAGCGCGCGCCGACGUUCAAGCACAAGUAA